UCUUUAUUUCUUCGGUUUUUACACGCUGUCACGCGUAAAUGUCCGGUCUAGCACAACUUUAGCGGGUCGUCGUUUUGUGCUCUCCGAACACCACCGCACCGCCUCUCCUCUUGCCGUCCGUAAUCUUUGGCUCGCCGCACAACAGAUUGUACACAAUCAUCAUGGCGACCCAGGCUGGAAGUGAAGAAGUCCUGAUGGAAACUGAGGCGAAGCCAAAAGAAGCUGAACCGCUCUGCGAGGACGCCGAAGGAGGCGACGCGGAAACUACGACUCGCACGGACGCCGCAGACGCCACAUCUCAGGACUCUAGCAUUAGCAAUGGAGACGACGCAGACGACGGGCGGGAGACGGUGGACUUGAAGAUUAUCUGGAACAAGAACAAAUACGAUCUGAAAAUUCCCGUUGACAACACCGGAGCCCAACUAAAAGAGAGGAUCCACUCACUCACUGGUCUUCCACCUGCUAUGCAGAAAGUCAUGUACAAAGGAUUGCUUCCAGAGGACAAAACGCUACGUGAAAUAAAGAUUACGAACGGUGCAAAAAUAAUGGUGGUAGGAUCCACAAUAAAUGAUGUAUUAGCUGUGAAUACACCCAAAGAUGUCAUCCAGCAGGAAGUCAAAGCUGAAGAAAACAAGAAGGAGCCUUUAUGCAGGCAAAAGCAACACAGGAAGGUUCUGGACAAAGGUAAACCAGAUGACAUCAUGGCGUCUGUUAAAGGAACAAAGGAGCGACUACCGACGGUGCCUUUAUCCGGAAUGUUCAACAAGUCCGGAGGGAAAGUUAGACUCACGUUCAAGCUGGAGCAGGAUCAGCUGUGGAUCGGAACGAAGGAGAGAACCGAGAAAGUCCCAAUGGGCUCCAUCAAAAACGUAGUGACUGAACCCAUCGAAGGCCACGAGGACUAUUACAUGAUGGCUUUUCAGCUGGGUCCGACUGAAGCGUCUCAAUAUUGGGUCUACUGGGUGCCUGCACAGUUUGUCGAUGCAAUCAAAGACACAGUCCUUGGGAAAUGGCAGUAUUUCUAACGUGCCUCUUUUUUUUUUGAACUGGUACUGAGAGGAGGAGCCAAUGAGAAAUGAAACUGGAUUCCACCGCAAGGUGUUAGGAACUUCUUGGAAUACAGUCAGAGGAAACGGACGGAUGCCUGAGGACUUAUCAAUAUUGUUUUUAGGUUAAAAGUGCACUAUGUGGCAGCGUAACAAUUCUCAGCCCUGUGAUCGUUCAAGGUUUUCAAGCAAAUCCAAGGGAAAAUGAUUAAACAAUUGUACAGAAAUUGCUAACACUUUUCUUCAGUUAUUCUUAAAGAAAUAAAACUUAUUUAAUGAAAGGAAA